GAAGGGGAAAGGAGGCGCCCCGCGAGCUUGUUGCGGGCGCGCGCGCCAGCGCGGUUAGUAGUUGCACGGCCCCUUUUGGGCGUCGUGACCCCCGGCGGCGUCGAGGCACUGCUGCGCGGUCGCCGUCGUCGAGCACGCGUUUCCACCACUCGUCGUAGCAGAGAAGCAGUUUUUCUUCGUGUCCUCGCAAGCGACGUUUGCGUCCAUGCAGUAGGCGUCGUCGUAGCCCACCGCGAGGCACUUGUCGUAGCAGCUCGUAUAGUAAUCGUCCGGGUAGCCCUCGCACCCGGGCAGCGGCGGGCAGUCCGUGAGCAUCAUGUCCUUGAGCUCCUCCGGCGUCGGGCACCAGCCCUUGGUCCGGAUCAUCGUCUCGUUGACCGCGAGGCUCGGGUCCGUGCAGGCCUCGGUGGGCCGGGUCGAGUUCUCAUCUGGGCAGAACGGCUGCAACGUGCCGGGGCCGCCCGCCGGCUCCGGCGCGUACCUGAGUGGAAAUAAACCAAUGCGUCAGGUACACGUCGAUGGCGUGAAGGCGCCGUGAAAUUUCGAUUUCUACACGGGCGCGCGUGCGUCGGCCGCGAUCUCCUGCUCGACCUUGUCCUUCGUGUUGUCGCAGACGUAGCCUUUGGCCUUCAUGGCGUCGUUAAACGGAUCAUCUAGCGGGCCCACGAAGAAGUCCUGGUAGCCGAAGUCCAAGGCGCGGCCCUUUUUGCGGACCGAGUACUGGCCGGCGGGCUCGGCGGCCUCCGAGAUCGUGGUG